ACGGCUGUGGUCAGCAGAGACGCCAAGCAGGCGGGCAGGCAGUUGAGGAAGAGGAAGUUGGGGCAGAGUUAGGUCACCCUGCGGUUCCCCUGGGGGCCCUGACCCACCAGUGCUCCCCCUGGGCCUCCUGGAAACCUUAGCCACGGGUCUUGGGGGCCAUAGGAGCUGGUAGCCGGGCCGGGGACCCACAGCAGCGAGGACAAGCCUCCCUCUGGGUCUGAGCCCAAGCCAUGCGUCCAGCCCUUUGACCCUGAGGCUGCAGCCUCGGCCACCGAGAGCAGCAGCAGAGCCUGGAGGCUCGAGCACCCGGACUUCCCCGGCAUGGAGGAUACACAGGAGGAUGGUAUGCCUGGGCAGCUCGGGGACAGCAUGGAGGACCUCAGCCUGGACUUGGGGGCCCUGCAGGGCAGUGAGUAUCUCCAGGAUCUGGGCCUUGGGACCUUUUCCCACAGCCAGCCUGGGGAAGCCAGGGACAGCGGUCCCCCCAACGAAGAGGCCGGAAGAGCAUCAACCUUUUCCAGCUCCACGGAGUCCCAGGGCCUGCCUCGGAGACGCAGCUGGGAGAGGUCGCGGAGCUGCUCCGAGAGCUGGCAGAGGCUCAGCCCUGAGGCGUCGGCUGUGAAGGAGGGGCCCUGUCUCCCUCGGACGCUGGCCAGCCUUGCCCUGAACCUGCCGGGAGAGGACCUGCAGGCCUGGACCCAGGAGUGUCUGUCUGGGGGUGUGACCCCAGCAGAGCACCCAGGCAAGGAAUGUGACAGCCCUGAGAAAAGAGUGAGGUCACGGUCCGUUCCCGCGUCCUUCGAUGAGAUCAGCUCCCUGGAAAUCUCCCCAGCUUUGGACGCGCCCAGUCCAACUGCUCAAGGUUUGGAGCCCCCGGUGCUGGAGUGCAUGGAAAAAGACCACGUGGAGCCCGAGCAUGUGCUGAUUGUCCAGCAGGUGCUUCAAGAACUUCGGCAGUACCAUGGGGCCCGGCAGAGGGCUCGCUUGUCAGGCAGCCCCGGAGGAGCCCACUCCAACCUCACCUGGUUCGAGUUCCUGUCUGAGAGCGAGGAUGGCGCCAGCAAGAUUGAGCGGAGUAACAGAAGCACCAGGGUAAAGCGCAGAUUGAGCUCCCUACGUUGUCGGGUCACCAGGCAGAAGGAGAAGGGGAAGAGCCCAGUGGUUCUAAAGGACAAGGGCCAGGAUGCUAGAGAGAAGAAGGAAUGUGUCAAUGGGCACCAGCUGGCACAAGGGACCUUCCUUGGCCACUCCAGCUGCCCCCUUUGUGGCAAACCCUUUCUGAGCUCUGCGUCCCUGAAGGAGCACCCAAGGGCCAACCUCUUGUCUGAUGGCAGCCCGGCUCUGUCCAGGAAUGUCGGCAUGACGGUCUCACAAAAGGGGGCGCCGCAGCCAGCACCCAGCCCGGCAGGAACGGGGACACAGCUUGGACCAAUCGCAGGAGAGAUGGAUGAAGCCGAUUCCGUGUUUUUAAAAUUUAAGCAGGCAACUGAUGACUCUCUCUCGCUCACAUCCUCGAAUGCCGAGCCCAUUUUUGUAGAAGACCCCUGCACAGCUUCGCUGAGGAGUGAGAUCGAGUCAGAUGCCCGCGAUUUCGAGGCCGAGUCCUGGAGCCUUUCCGUAGAUGCAGCGUACGCAAAGACACAGAAGAAGGAGGUGGUCAAGAGGCAGGAUGUGCUCUAUGAGCUGGUGCAGACAGAGGUGCACCAUGUCCGGACACUCAAGAUCAUGCUGAAGGUCUACUCCAGGGCCCUGCAGGAGGAGCUCCAGUUCAGCAGCAAGGCCAUCAGCCGCCUCUUCCCGUGUGUGGACGAGCUCCUCGACCUGCACAGCCACUUCCUCUCUCGGCUGAAGGAGCGCCGCCAGGAGUCCCUGGAGGAGGGCAGUGACCGCAAUUACGUCAUCCAGAAGAUCGGGGACCUCCUGGUGCAGCAGUUCUCCGGCGAAAAUGGGGACAGAAUGAAAGAAAAAUAUGGUGUCUUUUGUAGCGGCCACAAUGAUGCAGUCAAUCAUUACAAGUUGCUGCUACAGCAAAACAAGAAAUUUCAAAGCCUGAUCAAGAAGAUCGGCAACGUCUCCAUCGUGAGGCGGCUGGGCGUGCAGGAGUGUAUCCUUCUGGUCACUCAGCGCAUAACCAAGUACCCCGUGCUGGUGGAGCGCCUUAUUCAGAACACAGAAGCUGGCACCGAGGACUACAGAGACCUGACCCAGGCCCUGAGCCUCAUCAAGGACAUCAUCUCCCAAGUGGACGCGAAGGUCAGCGAGUGCGAGAAGGGCCAGCGCCUCCGGGAGAUCGCGGGGAAGAUGGACUUGAAGUCAUCCAGCAAGUUCAAGAAUGGGCUGACCUUCCGCAAGGAGGACAUGCUGCAGCGGCAGCUCCAGUUGGAGGGCACGCUGUGCUGGAAGACCACGUCGGGGCGCCUGAAAGACGUCCUUGCUGUCCUGCUGACGGACGUGCUUUUGCUGCUACAAGAAAAGGAUCAAAAAUACGUCUUUGCCUCGGUGGACUCGAAGCACCCGGUCAUCUCCUUACAAAAGCUCAUUGUGAGGGAAGUGGCCAACGAGGAGAAAGCCAUGUUCCUGAUCAGCGCCUCCCUGCGGGGGCCCGAGAUGUACGAGAUCUACACCAGCUCCAAAGAGGAGAGGAACACUUGGAUGGCCCACAUCCGAAGGGCCGUGGAGAGCUGUCCGGACGAGGAGGAGGGGCCUUUCAGCGAGGCCGAGGAGGAAAAGAAGGUGUUCGAGGCCCGCGCCAUGAGGCUGAGGGACUUCCAAGAGCGACUGAACGUGAAAGACCAACAGAUUGCACAGAGCCUUGGCGAGAAGCAGCAGAUCUACCUGGAGAUGGCGGAGAUGAGCGGGCUGGAAGACGUCACUCAGUCGCGACUCCUCUUCCGAGGAGGGGAUUCCUCGGAGACCAGGCAGGGGGAGCUGAUCCUCAAGUCGGCCAUGAGUGAGAUCGAGGACAUCCAGACCCUGAUCUGCAGACAGCUGGGCAGCGCCAACAGCCAGGUGGAAGACGGGGGUGGCUCCACAGGCCUGCCCCGCAGGGCAGAGACCUUUGGGGGCUAUGACACCGUGAGCAGCCCCGGCAAGAAUGGCAGCUUGAAGAAGGCCUCCAGCAGUGACCCCGGCCCCCGAGACUGGCAAGGCCCAGUGCGCAGCCCAGACUCGCAGCCCAGCAGCCCCCAGGAACCCCCUGAGGAGGCCCCACCUGCAGUCACUGUGCUGGGUGCAGAGUGUGGCCCCCAUGUGCCCACGGUCCUGGAGUUUGAGCUUGUCCAGCGGAUCCAGACCCUGUCACAGCUGCUUCUCAGCCUCCAGGCAGUCAUCGCACAGCAGGACAGCUGCGUGGAGGUGCAGAGGGCGUCCAUCCAGGAGCGCGAGAAGCAGCUGCGGCUGCAGUCCACGCGCGGGAACAUGCUGCUGGAGCAGGAGCGCCAGCGCAACUUCGAGAAGCAGCGGGAGGAGCUGGCGGGCGUGCAGAAGCAGCAGGGCCGCCUGCGGCAGGAGCAGCAGCGCUGGGAGCGGGAGCGGGAGCGCCAGCAGCAGGAGCUGGACCUGGCGGCGGCGCGGCUGCGGCAGCGCGAGACCGAGGCGCUGCGGCUGCAGGAGCAGCUGAGCCAGGAGCGCGAGAGGCUGGAGCAGCAGCGGCGGGCCUACCAGCACGACCUGGAGCGGCUGCGGGAGGCCCAGCGGGCCGUGGAGCGGGAGCGGGAGCAGCUGGAGCAGCAGCGGCGCCUCAAGAAGCAGAACACUGUGCCUGGGGCGCUGCCGCCGGACUCGCUGGCGGAGGCCCAGCCCCCAAGCCACACUCCCAGCUUCAAUGGGGAUGGGCUGGAAGGGCCCGCCGCCCUGGCCAAGGUGCCAGGAACCCGGGCGAGCGUGCUGCUGUCCAGCGUCGGCCCCGAAUUCGCAGAGCGCCCCGAGGUGGCCCGCCGGGACAGCGCCCCGGCCGAGAGCCGGCCGGCCAAGAGCGACGUGCCCAUCCAGCUGCUCAGCACCACCAACCAGCUCCAGAGGCAGACGGCGGUGCAGCAGCAGAUCCCCACCAAGCUGGCCGCCUCCACCAAGGGCGGCAAGGACAAGGGCGGCAAGAGCAGGGGCUCCCAGCGCUGGGACAGCUCAGCCUCCUUCGACCUGAAGCAGCAGCUGUUCCUCGGCAAGCUCGUGGGCAAGGACGAGAACACCGCUCGGAACCGCCGCUCGCUGAGCCCCGUCCUGCUCAGCAGCCACGGCUCUGUACCCCCCACAGAACCCUGCUGCCCGGCCCCAGCUGACGUCCCUCCUGAGUGCUGCUCCCUCAAGCCUGGGGGCACACCCGUGCCCCCCUCCCCCUUGCCACUGCCCACCACGCCACUCGACAAAGAGGACAGCAACAAGGAAGACGUCAUCUUCUUCUAGAGGGGCUGUGGCUCGAGGUGCAGACCCCUCCCUGUCUUGCUGUCUGGGGGACAUCCCAGUCGUCCCUCUCCACUUCCCGAGCAAACCACCACCAACGGCCACCUGGCUUGGGUCAGGGUCAAGGUCAGGGCCAGGGCUGGCCCAUUGUCUCGAGGCUCUUUCUGUAGGUUUAGCAGUGGUGCCUGGGUAACUUUCUAAGCCUCUUUUUUUUUUAACACAAAAAGGAAAGUUUUUAAUCGAAGGUUGAACCAGAGCUAACCCAAGGAGCUGUGUCCAGUCACAGCUCCCCUGCUGGGGAGGGAGAGAUCGACUCCACACCAUUUGUUCCAAGGUAGUGAUGAACAGUGGUGCAAGAUGCCUGAUGAUAGGCCAGACCCCAGUCUGAGGAGGGGGGGGC